GUUCGCAAGUCUUCCCAUCGCGUGGAGAGGUGAACGGGACUGGACUGGAUGGAAUAACCAACUACAGCGUUGCGCGACGCAUUGUAAAAUUCAUGGGACGUGGUUUUACCCUGAAACGAUUCAGAGACCUUCAAGUCGUCGUCAUAUUGUCUGUUUAUAUGCUCGGAGACAAUAAAUAUCGGCGCGCGACAAGAAAACAUCGGCGCGCGCUUCUCUUCAAAUGAGCUCAGAUUGGAAAGCCACUGGGAGCCAGUUUCAAAUAAAUCAAGGGACUAACUUUACAUAAGAGCACCCUAAUGGAAUGGCAUCAGUGAACCAAAAGCUUUCUAUCUAUUUUUGGUCCAUGUCGGACAGCUCAUCCUUCUCCACUCGUCUAUGUAUCUGUUGUUUUGCAGAGAGCUUGAGAGCUCCAGCUGCUGUGUUGGAUCAUAGACGACAUCUACAGCUUCAGCCCUCCAGGCCAUGAGUAGUUUCAAAGGGCAGGAUGUGGAAAAACAGGGCAUCAGGCUGCCAAAAAAAUGGGUUGAUCACAAUGAAAAAAUCCCCACAGACCGCACAAUGGUUGUUGGGGGAGUGGUGGGAGGAGGAGACUCCUCUGAUCCAGCAGGCGGUCCAUUGAAGAAACGACGCCAGCGCUACGUGGAGAAGGACGGGAAGUGCAACGUCCACCAUGGAAACGUGCGUGAAACCUACCGUUACCUAACGGACAUCUUUACCACACUUGUGGACUUGAAGUGGCGUUUCAAUCUUUUGGUGUUCACGCUUGUCUACACCACUACAUGGGUGUUCUUUGGUCUCCUUUGGUGGCUCAUCGCCUAUGCGCGUGGAGACCUGGACCAUGCUGACGACAAUGACUGGACACCUUGCGUAAAUAACCUCAAUGGUUUUGUUUCAGCUUUCCUUUUCUCAAUCGAAACUGAAACCACCAUUGGAUAUGGGUACCGUGUCAUUACAGACAAAUGUCCUGAGGGUAUCAUCCUUCUUCUGGUGCAAGCCAUCUUGGGCUCCAUUGUCAAUGCCUUCAUGGUGGGCUGUAUGUUUGUUAAGAUCUCACAGCCAAAGAAACGUGCUGAAACGCUCAUGUUCUCCAACACAGCUGUGAUUUCAAUGCGGGACAACAAACUGUGUUUGAUGUUCCGUGUCGGUGACUUGCGUAACUCACACAUUGUGGAGGCCUCCAUUAGGGCCAAGCUGAUACGCUCUAAGCAGACUAAGGAAGGAGAGUUCAUCCCCCUAAACCAGACGGACAUCAAUGUAGGGUUCGACACAGGGGACGAUCGCCUGUUCCUCGUGUCACCUCUGAUCAUUUGUCAUGAGAUCAAUGAAAACAGCCCCUUCUGGGACAUCUCUCAAGAGCAACUGGCACGAGAGGAGUUUGAAAUAGUCGUCAUCUUGGAGGGAAUGGUGGAGGCCACAGGAAUGACAUGUCAAGCCCGCAGCUCGUAUCUCAACUCAGAGGUGCUCUGGGGAGAGCGCUUCACCCCUGUACUCUCAUUGGAAGAGGGAUUUUACGAGGUGGAUUAUGACACGUUCCACCACACCUACCCCACCCCAACUCCAUCCUGCUCUGCAAGUGAGCUAGCAGAACUUGCAAAUAAAGGGGAAGCUAUCCCACUGCCUCCCAUUUCACCCCCAGCAACCUUGGAAGAGCCCAUACACCCAGAGGAGAUGCCAGAUGAAGAGAAACUGGAAGGAGAAGAAGAAGAAGAAGAAGCAGCAGAAGAGACUGUUAGCAAUGGUGAUGUGAACAGAAUGGAAUGUGGACAAGAAUGACAGAGUCCCUGUGUUCUGUGAUCAGCGAUCUUAUGCUGCCCCUGUGUGGCACAUUGCAGCGUUAUCCACGAAGCAAAAUAACUUUCACCACAUUACUGUUUGCUUCAGCCACAAACUGAAGUAUCUUUAGGCCUAUAGGUCUACAUUUUGUCAUAGACCCUUUACUGGUACUGUUAUUAACAGCUGUUUUCAAAUAUAGUACAGAAUCAGAUAUGAUUAAAUACAAUUUUAGGUGUAAAAAUACUUUAACCCUUGUGCGACCUUCGGGACAUUUUUGUCUUUUUAAUUUUGCCGAAGGUGUGUAUUUUUUUGCGGAAUUUUGAUAUUUCAACCUCAGUUCCUAUAAUACAUCUAUAAUACACUGUGUACACAAAAUAGUUACACUAAAUGUUCCCAUUGAAACCCAUUAAAACUGCAAUAUUUGAUCCCAGUGCCAUUAAAGCAUAAACUAGUGAAUUCUAUGAUAUUAUGCUUUCAUUCUGGCUUCAAAAUUACAAAUUUUUAUAUUUUCCACCAGAUGGUGCAAUUUUUCUCAUGUUUAUCCUACUUUCUGUGUGCUGUGUUAUAGAGCACUGCAGGCCAAAUGAAUAAAUGAUGCAGCUAACAUUUUGUGGGUGUGUUGGUAUGGAUGUCAGUGUGUGUUUUGUAUGUGUGUAUUGAGAAAUCUGUGUGUGUGUGUGUGUGUGUGUGUGUGUGUUUGUUUUU